CUCAAAAGACAACCCCAUGCAGAGGUCUAAACGAGAAGACAAGAAUCAGACAGAAGAAAAAAUAAAAUGGUAGAAUCUAACUCAAUACAGCGAGGGUAUGAAGGAUAUCGUACAAGAAUACAUGCUCGUUUGCCAGUUUCCCAAUCAAGACAGUUGCGCCGGACCCAAUAUCGCAAAACAGACAUACAGCGCCACGCAUGCAAAAGGGCGGAGAAGCAUUCGCGCCUCAAGCACCUGCACAUGUCCCGUCGAUCCUAGUGUCUCACGGGAUCCGUGAAAUACGCGUUGUUGAAAGGAUCUGCGAACACGAAGACCAGGGCG